CACAAGUGCUUGCAUCUAUAGACUCUGCACCCUCUCUAUUCCCAAUCACCCAGACAUUAUUCCCGUUAAAACACCUCCAGAAACCUGUUAGCGUUUCAUUAUCGCAUCUCUCUCUCUCUCUCUCUCUCUCUCUCUCUCUCUCUCUCUCUCUCUCUCCGUUGCCUCUGUGUCUCUUCAGAUCUCUCCAGCUCGAUUGCUCUAGUGUAUUAGACGAUGCAUAUUCAACCAAAAGUGAAGCAGCUAUGGGAAAGCUACAGAAUGUAGACAUGAAAGCAUGACAAUGGGAAACCAUUAUUAAGGGUUCUGGAAAUUAAUACUUUCCAAACUUGUAAGUCUGUCCAGUUGUUUGUAAAUUAGUUGUUGGACAUAUCUUUGUAAACAAUGGGCUCACUGUAUGGUACUGGGGAGAUUGUUGAAUUAGAUGAAGAGCGAAACUUUAGUCAGAAUUAUCAAGGAAUCCAUCAACCCAAUGCACAUGACAAAGCAAAGAAAACUUCUGUGUCAAGACAAGGCCGUAUUAGCCCAAUAGAAGAUGACAUUAAUAAGCUAUUUGAAGGAAUUUAUAUCAAAACAUCAUCGAAGGGCGAGAGUCCAGACAAUAGAGUGGCUUCAGCACUCCCAAGUAAAAAGGAUUCAAAACGACCGAUGAGAGUGAGUGCUUCUACAUCUGGAAUUGGAUUUUCUGAACAAGUCUCUCUAAAGCAAGCUUUGAGAGGACUAUGCAUAUCUCAGGCCUCAGAAAUAGCAGCAAUGAAACGGUUGUCAAAGCCACCAGGGUCUCCUGCAAUGUCAGAAAGUGGAAACCUGAGUAGCCUGUUUAGGUCUAUUUUGGUUGAAACUAGUGAAUCAGGUCUUCCCAUAGCUGAAGCUAAAAAUGUAAGAUCUGAAGUAUCACUGGUUCCUGAAGUAGGUACAUCAGGUACACGGGGGAAGGGGCCUCUAUGUCAUCAAGAGCCGAAGUCACAGUCAUUUAAUUACAAUUCCCAUAUGUCUCCUCGAUUUGCUGUUCCUUUGACAACAAUGACAAAAGUUUCUACACUCGGGAAAAAUGAGGUUGUAUCUGCAUCAAUGGAAGUUAGUAGACAGCCUGCAAAGGUAGAGCUUUUACAGAAAGAAGUCAGUAGCUCAUUUGCUUCUCUACCUGAUCAUGUUGGAAAUGAUAAAUUUUCGAAGCAUGGUAGGAGUAUAUCAGCCGCUGCUAAGCUGAAAGAAGAUGUUGAUGAGAAUCUGUAUGCAUCAACUCAUUUAGCUAACGAAGAUGCACCAAGAUUGAGACGGAAAGCGAAGUUUCAAAGGGUUCGACCUAAUUCAAUAAGCAGCAAUAAGUUGGGAAAGUUUUCAAAAAAUGUUCCACGAACAUUUAAGCCAGUUAUUAGAAAUAAGAAUUUUGCAAAGAAGAAACCAAAGCAGAGAUCAACAUUUAAUGGACAUGAUGAUGUUAAUUGUGAGUUGGAUAUCAGGACAAACGAAUUGGUUUGCCAGAAAUGUCAAUGUUCACUGGUAGAUUCCAAAAAAGAGACCGGGAGGGACUAUCCUGUACCUAGCUCUGUAGUUAUUAGUACUGAAAGCAUUUCUAAUGUGAACCAUGCUUCAAGCAAAACAAACUUCAAUGUUAAUGCUUGUGUUGUUAUUCCAAAGACGAGUAAUAACUCGCGGUUUAGAGAAAAAGGGGAAUUCUCACAGAGCUCAAAGAGUAGCAUUGGUGAGUUCAGUAGCAGCACUAGUUUAAGUGAAGAUAGCUAUCUUAGUGGAUCCAUUUACGGCAACAGACCCCAUAUGUCAAAGGAUUCGAGGUGGCAAGCCAUCCAGCAUGUUAUGAAGCAGUGUGGAUUUCUUGGCCUGGGACAUUUUAAUCUUUUAAAGAAGCUCGGUGGUGGAGAUAUCGGUACAGUAUAUCUUGCUGAAUUGAUUGGGACAAGCUGUCUAUUUGCCAUUAAGGUAAUGGACAAUGAGUUUUUGGCGCAAAGGAAGAAGAUGCCAAGGGCCCAAACUGAGAGAGAAAUAUUGAGAAUUCUGGACCAUCCUUUUCUGCCUACUUUAUAUGCACAGUUCGUUUCAGAUAAUUUGUCAUGUCUAGUUAUGGAAUAUUGUCCAGGUGGAGAUUUGCAUGUACUCCGACAGAAGCAGCCCAGCAGAUAUUUUCCUGAACAAGCAUCAAGAUUCUAUGUAGCUGAAGUUCUUCUUGCCCUUGAAUACUUGCAUAUGCUUGGCAUUGUAUAUCGAGAUUUAAAACCAGAGAACAUUUUGGUUCGAGAAGAUGGGCAUAUCAUGCUUUCCGAUUUUGACCUCUCACUUAGAUGUGCUGUAAAUCCGAUGCUCCUGAAAUCAUCUUCAUUGGUUACAGAACCCCCACGGGUAUCAGGUCCGUGUGCAGGAUCCAAAUGCAUAGAUCCUUUCUGCAUGAAGCCCUCUUGUCAAGUAUCAUGCUUCACCCCUAGGCUUUUACCUGUUUCUGGGAAACUGAGGAAGGCAAAAACUGAUCUUGCAACCCGUAUGAGAUCGUUGCCACUACUUGUGGCCGAACCAACAGAAGCACGAUCUAACUCUUUUGUUGGUACACAUGAAUAUCUUGCCCCUGAGAUUAUCAAAGGUGAGGGUCAUGGAAGUGCUGUUGAUUGGUGGACGCUGGGUGUAUUUCUGUACGAGCUUCUGUAUGGAAAGACACCCUUCAAAGGUGCAGGAAAUGAAGAAACAUUAGCUAAUGUAGUACUGCAUAGUCUACAAUUCCCAGACACCCCGAUUGUGAGUUUUCAGGCCAGGGAUCUCAUCAGAGGGCUGUUGGUGAAGGAACCUGAAUAUCGUCUGGGCUAUACAAGAGGCGCUGCUGAAAUAAAGCAGCACCCCUUCUUUGAAGGACUUAACUGGGCACUGAUACGAUGUGCAGUUCCGCCUGAAGUACCCGAGCCUUACGAUGCUAUCAUUCCAAAAUUUGUAUCUCGGGGCAAAGGGUCUAACUAUCUUGAGUACGGAGCUUCAGGCGAGAACCUGGAGUUUGAGUUGUUUUAAGUUGUAUAAAAAAAAUCAUCAUCGUCAUUCGACGCGGUGCUCUUCCACUUGUAAUACUAGUUAACUAGUGUUGGGCUUAUAGUGUAAAUUUGGUUCGAAAAUUGAGUUGGUCUGGAGUUUAAUCCAUAACUAGCAUAAAAGCCCGUGCUAGGCACGGGCCCAUAAUUUAUAAUAUUUAUUUUAAAAUUAUAUAUUUUAAUUUUAAUUUAA